UUGCUCUUUACCGGGAAGCCACCAACAUGGGCCGCUUUCGCACCAAGACCGUCAAGAAGGCGGCCCGGGUCAUCAUCGAGAAGUACUACACUCGCCUGGGCAACGACUUCCACACCAACAAACGCGUGUGUGCCGGCUAUGUCACGCACCUGAUGAAGCGAAUCCAGAGGGGGCCCGUGCGCGGCAUCUCCAUCAAACUGCAGGAGGAGGAGCGGGAGCAGAGGGACAACUACGUGCCCGAGGUCUCGGCCCUGGACCAGGAGAUCAUUGAGGUGGAUCCUGACACUAAGGAGAUGCUGAAGCUCUUGGAUUUCGGCAGUCUGUCCAACUUGCAGGUCACCAAGCCCACAGUUGGGAUGAGUUUCAAAAUGCCACGUGGAGCUGUGUGAAUGUGGUUCCCUAUAAUAUUUGCAAAUAAACCUCAUCGAACUCUUAAAAAAAAAAAGAA